UAAAGCAUUAUGAAAUGAAUCGCUGUUACUCCCUUGAAAUGUCGCGGGGGAAAUUCACUCUCUUCUUCUUAAGUUCUUAGUAUGAAUCUUGCCAUCUUAUUACAGACAGUUAUCUUGUGUUCAUCUCCACCAAGAAGCCAGAGCCACUUAUCCUCCUUGCAGAUAAAGGAGGGUUUCCACCUCGUCGGUCAUGUCAUAGAUCGACGGAAAGCACCAAGUGUUUUAUCAUGUGCACAGCUCUGCCUGAAAAGACGUCAUAUUUGCCGCUCGUUGAAUUACAGAAACAACGAAGGAAAUAUGGUUUGUGAAUUGAACGACAAAGGCACGGAUUCCCGUGGUUAUACCUCUCUCGUACCUACGUCGGGAUUCAUCUUUGCUGAGCUGAUUAAUCUCACGGCACAUUAUAGGCCUUCAAACUCCAAGGGUAAACACUGUACAGAAGACUCAUCAAUAGGGAGCAACAACACACUUGAAGCCCGUACCAAUUUCACAUUCACGACUCUUGGUGCACUGGGUCCUACAGGUCCAAAAUUCACAUACGGGUAUCAAGGUACCCCACUAGAGGGCAAGGUGACGUUACAAAACGGUAUCCAAUUAUGGCAAGUACCGCUUACUGGGUCUUACGUCAUAGAGGCCUGGGGAGCAUCUGGAGCUGAUGGCCGUGAAGGCGGUUACGGUCAAGGGGACCGUCGCAUAGCUGCGGGUGGGAAAGGCGCUUAUAUGAAAGGAACUUUCAAUCUUACUCGCGGAACAACCCUUAAAAUACUUGUGGGCCAAACAGGUGGUAGAAGUGACACAGGCGCGUAUUUACCAGGGGCAGGGGGAGGGGGUACUUUUAUUACCUCUUUAUCAGAUAUUCCAUUCAUCAUUGCCGGGGGUGGGGGUGGAGGCUAUGCACAUUGGAGGACAACGAACGAUGGAGACCCUGGGCAAAUCACCGGAACUGGCUCCCGACAUGGGGGUUCUGAAGGAGCUGGGGGAGAAUUAUAUGAGUGGGGAUAUCCUUCAGCCUCUUUUGAAAGCGGGGCGGGAGGUGGCUUAAAAGAAGAUGGAGAAUCAGGACACCUUACUGAAGGGGGAAAGCGUUUUGUAGUCGGUGGAGAAGGAGGAAGAGUGAAAUACGUGGGAAGUGGAGGACUUGGGGGAUUUGGGGGAGGUGGAGCGGCAUAUCAUUAUCCUGGCGCAGGCGGUGGGUACUCGGGCGGGGGCGUUGUAAAGGAUCGCAAAUAUACCAUCGCUGGAGGGGGAGGGUCUUUCAACGGCGGCGCCGACCAGGAAAAGGGAAAGGGUGUGAAACAAGGAGAUGGGAAAGUCAUCAUCACUCUUGUUCAUAAGGCCAACUAAAAGUGUUACUAAUAGUAUCAACGAGAUUCCAUGUUCGGGGAAAUAAACUAAACGUUACUUAAUAUAAUCCUUUGAGUAUUAAAGUAUCUUGAUUUCAUAAAGAAACUAAAUGAUUGUUAUAUUUUGGGAC